AUGAGUCCACAAAGAAAGAAAAAGGUCCUGGGACCUGAUUCCCAGCCUUGUAUAGAGAGCGGUGAGGGAAAUGCGGCUAGCGGACGAUUGGACCUUAUCUAUCCUGGCAAAGAAUGUCCCGUGUGUGAGAGUGGGGGGGCGUUUCUCACCUACGUUGCCCUGAUCCAUCACAUUGAGGAGGUUCACUGCCCUGGAGCUGUUAGGUGGCUGUGUGGUAAGUGUAGGAAAGUACUUAGUAGUGUCAGGAGUGCCGCCAGCCAUUAUAGUGCCUGUCUGGGAAGUAGUAGGGGAGAAGGUCAACAUCGGAGUGUAGAAGUUCAAGACCUCGACCCAGCGGGUACUAGUUCCAGGGGCAGUAGUGACUUUGACAACAACAAGAGAGUGGGUAUACCAUCUGACGAAGGGAAUGUUGAGCAGUGUGCGGUGGAUAGUGGUAUUGUUCCAUCUCGAGGGGUCACUGAUUCCAUCCAGGGAGGGGCCUAUUAUGAGUGUGCAAUAUGCUCUAAGAGGUUCCGGACCAACACUGGGUUGGGGGUGCAUAAACAAAGGGUCCACCCAGUGGAGUACAAUAGGGAUAUCCCACCUUUGAAGCGCCCAAGGUGGUCUAUAGAUGAAAUGCGGGUUAUGGCCGUAGCAGAGCUAGAGAUGGAGUCCGGGGUACGAAAUGUCAACGAACUGAUCGCUCAGAAGCUUGAGGGAAGGACAGUAGAGGCCAUUAAGAAGCGACGGCAGACGAGGGAGUACAAGUUGAUCCUGGAGGAGGUAGCGAAGGAACAUCCGGCUGAGCAUGGUGGGACUCCUACGUUAGUUGUGGAGAAGCCUACGUCGAGGGUGGAGUCUACUAUGUUGGAGGGACUGCUGGAGACGCUUGAGGAAGAAGUUAGUAGUGGGGAUGAGGCGUUUAUGAAGGCAGUCACAGGGUCACUU